GUGCCGAUUGUUUUUAACGUGAAUAGUUGUUCUUUUAAAUUUAAUUUAAAGUGUUAAAACAUUCUGGAAACAUGAAGUUUACAGAAUUGAUUUUAUUAAUCCAAUUGAUGAAUGUUGGAAUUUAUUGCUUUCCACAAAGUGCAAGUGAAAUAGCAGCUGCUGUUAGAUUGCAGGAACAAAAUUAUAAUGGCUUGGAUGCACCACAUCAGAUACCUUUCGAUAAUCCAAUUGACAGUGACAAUGCUAUAUUAGAACAUGAGGGUUAUGGAUCAAAAAUUGACACGAUUUAUGAAGUGCCUCAGAAAAAAGCUUCGGAAGUUUUUAACAGUCAACCUGUUGUCGACAACAUUGAAGAAUCAGAGAAGUUCGGAAACAAUGGUGAAAAUCUUCAAGGCUGGAAGCGUCUAGUUGUUGGAGCGAUGUCGGCAGUGUCAAAAAUUAUAAAUAAAGUAUUAGAGACGCCACAAAAUGCAGUGCAAACAAUUGUGACAUCAGGUACCGCAGCGUUGAAUAGUAUUGGCGCAAAAAUUGUUGGUUUACAGAAAUAAACGCUAUGAUUAAAGUGAUUUACUUGAUUCACAAUCUUACCAACUUUAAUUAAUUCAGUGAUGAUGCAUUCAAUGUACAUAAGAAAGUUAGUUAACAGCCAGUUGGAAAUUAAUUCGAGAUAUUUUUAUUAUUAAGCCAGCGAGAGUGAAGUCGGGGUUAGUUGGCCAAGGUCAAUUAAUUCAAAGUUCGUUCUCGGACAAAUUAUUCUAAAUAACAAAAGUCUUUGUAAGCCAUCAGUCGUGACAUUCGUGGAUUCACAGAAUUGUUUGGAACGUUACCAAAGUACGUCACAAAAUUUUCCAUUCGACCAAACAUCAUUUAAGAAUUUAAAUUAAAAUUUUCAUUCACAAAAAACUCUCGCUCUUGUCUGAAUUGCUUUUGUAAAUAAAUUCUUAAUUAUUCAAUUAUUCUGCUUGCCUUUAAAAGACAAAAACAAAAUCAUUCUCUGUAUGUUAAUUUUCUGUCAGCGUCUCUAAUUGAUGAAUAAACGAAUUAAUCUAGUUACGCAUGGACCACUUAAAAUUGACGAUUUUUUUCCCUUCGAGUACGAAAUUAGGAAGUUUGUGCUUUAAUAAUAGACAGUGGACUUGAUGCUUA